AUGCAGCGGGUGAAUUCUAGUCUAGUUGAAAUGUCCAAGGUAACCAGACGAUUGAUCUUACAUAUUGUUACAGUUAUUGUAACUAAAAAUUCAAAGAUGGUCAUAGUUAUGUUUUCGACUUUUACAGUAACACAACUGUUUCGGCCAGCGAGGAGCGGAACCACUGGAAGGACCAGAAGUAAACAGCAGGUGAGAACCUGGAUAGGUCAAUUUGUUUGCCUCUCAGACGUGAACGCAACAAGAACACCAUCAUCGUCUGAAAAGAUUUCACUACAAUCUGCAGGAUUAGGUCACAAAAAGAUACAGUUCCGGCUAGACGACAGCGAAGAAGAAGUUUUUAAUAUUUUGUCCACAGAAGAAAAAGGGUUCCCUCAGUUGUACAACAUCGGUGGUUUUGAACUACUUCAUUGCACCAGCAAUUGCAGGGAACUCCAACGCCUAAACUGCAAAUGGGACGUUGAGUCAUUACGGGAGAUAAUAGGCAGCCAGGCAAAAAUAUACUUACGCCCGAUUCAGAGAAAUUUAAAAGUUAUUGCCCAUUCCGUGCCGGAAGCAACAUCACUAGAAGCAGAGUGUGAAAAUUGUCACAAUAAAUUUAUAUUAAGUGAGUUAAGAGAACAUGUAAAGGAUUGCAAUAAUGAAGAGAAUGAUGUUGUAUUACUCAAUGAUGGAAAAGAAAAUGAGACGCUUGAAAAUGUAGAAGAUGGCGAGAAUGCCGAGGAAAUAAAUAAAGAAGUCAAUAAAUCUGAAAGUACAAUACAGGAAACGGUAGACGAUAUUGUAACAACAUGCAAAUUAAACAACAUUAACGAUCCUAUAGACAUAUUACGAAUAUGCCAAAACAAGAUAGUUCAAGGCAGAACACUGGAUAUAAUUGAUGAUGCAGAUGUUCUGUCAGGGGGAACAAAUUACAUAAUGGUAGACAGAGAGGACAUUUUAAAGUCUGCAAUGACAGAGAUAGACGAAAUAGACAACCUUCGAACAGUCUCCGGGACAAGUUUGCAAUUCCGCUGA